AUGUUACCAACUGCUACUUACACAUCUGGCGAUGCCACACAUGACUUCCAUCCUGGCGAUGGUCCACAUACAACUGACGGAUCAACAACACAGAUCUCUGAUAUAGUUUUAAAUGCUGGCGGUGAAGAUCGAGAUAAGCCUAGUGCGGCAAAAGAUACAGCAAUGGGAGAAUUACGAGCAGCACUUACAACCCUUCAAGAUCAGAUCAAUGUUUUCCUAACAGAGCGAAUGAGAGCUGAAAAGGCAAAUGACACGGAUGAUAUAGAGCGAAAAGUUUUAGAUGAAGGAGUUGAGGAGGAUAGUGAAGAUGAUUAA